AUGCUCAUGUACCUGCUGCUUCUUAUUUUACCAGCUCUCUCACAAGCUCAAAUGGUCAAUGUGACCAUCUUCACAGAAUCACAAUGUCCAUACUGCACAAAGUUACUUCGUGAACAGAUUUGGCCAUUUUAUGUCGGCAAACCAGGAAUCAUGAAUCUGCAGAUCAUUCCAUUUGGAAAAGGAGAUUGUGCUUAUGACUACAACAGAAACUUCCAUUGCACAUGUAUGCAUGGAGCUACUGAAUGUGAUCUCAACAGACUACAGAACUGUGCUAUUUCAUAUUUCCCACGUAGACAUCUUGGAUUACUUACUUGCAUCCAGGGUAUGACCAACUUACGUGAAGCAUUCGCCAGAUGCUUGAACCGCCUUUCACCAAACACCCAGAGGAAGCUUAUUGAAUGUUCUACUACACAAACUGGUGAACUUCUCAACUACUAUUCCAUGGUCAACACGCAUCGUGCCGGAGUUAGAAUAUGGCCCACUAUGUAUGUCAAUGGAGUUUUCUUCGACCGAUCUUAUCCAGUGGAACAAAAGCUUUGUCAACACACCGAUUGGUGUUAA